AUGGCGGCGCUCCUGACUGACUCUCAUCGGCCGGUUGGAGAUUUCGCCACCGGGUUCUCGCCGGCGGCGGAGGUGGGCGGCGGAGACGCCGUCCACGUUGCCGUGGGGAGGUCCCUGGAGAAGACAAUGGCGCUGUUGCAGUGGACUUGCAGCGUCUUCCCAGGGCGCGAAGUUGUCCUGCUUCACGUUUAUCGUCCUUCUCCCUUCAUCCCAACUCCAUUGGGAAAAUUGCCAGCUAGUCGAGCAAAUCCUGAUAUGCUGGCAGCAUUUAGACAUGAGGAGCGAGAAGAGACAAUGAAGCUAUUGUCUGAUUACCUGACGAUUUGCAGCAGAUCCAAGGUUAAAGCAAGCUUCGUUACAACUGAGAGUGAUGAAGUUCAAAGAGGAAUUUUGGACUUGGUAAAUCUACACACCAUCAAUAAACUUGUUGUUGGAGCUAUCCCAGGUUUUACCAAAAAGGGCUCGUGCGAGGCCUCUUUCCUAGCAAAAAACGCUCCCUCUUAUUGCGAGAUGUGGUACGUUAACAAAAGAAAGCUGAUAUGGACAAGACCAGCUUCAGGAAGCUCAAUCAUUCAUCCGCAAAGCUGUCAAUUAGCCAGCCCCUCUGCGCACAACCUAGCCUCAUUGUCCCUAAACUCUGCCCAAACUAAGUUUCUCAAGAGUGGGUGUGAUACCAUCUAUAGGCGUAGCCUGUCCUCUUCAGCAAACAUGUUCCCAAGGGUUUCCUCCGUCUCAACAAAGACUUUAGAAGAGUUUUUGUGCAGUCAGCUUGAGGAAUUGAUGCGGGAAGUUCAUGAGUCGAGAGAUGAAGCCUUUCUGACGCUUCUCGAGCCUAGAGUGUUAGAAGAUGAAGCCCUCGAGGCAUUUAGUAAGGUAAAAACUCUGGAAACGUCUCAUUCUCACGAGGAGAAAUUAAGGAUGGAGGCGGAGGACACACUAGGAAGCAUAAUACAAAGAGAGGAAAAGCUCCUUGAGGAAAAUGCAAAGUUAACCCAGAAUCUGCACAAGAGUAUGCGAAACAUAAGCGUCCUGGAUGGACGGGCCCACGAAGCUGAGCACAGGUGUGAGGAAGUUGCAGAGGAACUAAAGCUCGUCCAAGCUUCCGUAGCGAGCCUUCUUGACGAGAAGCAAAAGGUACAGAGGCAGAAAAACGAGGCAGCAAGGUGGCUGGACGGGUGGAGAAAUCACGAGAAAGUGGUGAUUGGAUCAAAGGUGGAGGAAGAGGAGGUGAUGGAGUGCGACGCGGAGGCUGCCACUUGCAAUUUCUGUGAGAGCCUGCAGAUAGGACAGGGAGAGUAUGGAGUGGUGUACAAGGGUGAGAUGUCUGGCCGCAAGGUUGCUGUAAAGAAGCUGCAUGCUCAUAACAUGCAGAGGCAGGCCGAGUUCAACACAGCAGUUCAAGUUGUAGGCAAACUACGGCAUCCCCAUCUCGUGAAACUAAUGGGAGUAUGCCCUGAGUCGUGGUGCCUCGUGUAUGAAUACUUACCAGGUGGCAGCCUUCAGAACUACCUUUCGAACAAAAGGAACAUGAGCGCCCUCGGGUGGAAGACCCGAGCACGAAUCGUAGCCGACAUUGCGAGUGGCCUCCACUGCAUGCAUUUCUCAAAACCAAAAGUGGUGCACGGGAACCUGAAGCCCGAAAAUUUAUUCCUGGACCAUGAAAACAGGUGCAAGAUAAGUGACUACGGGGACAAUAUGAUUUUGCCCAACAGGGCCUUCCGCUGUUGUUCGGGCUCGGGUGGUGUUUGCUUGUACACGGAUCCUGAGUCCUACAAAACCGGCUCACUCACCCACAUGUCCGACAUUUAUUCUUUCGGGGUUAUCAUACUCCAGUUGGUGACCGGAAAAACAAAGGGGAGAAUAGCCGGGAAGGUGCGGAGAGCAGUAUCGGCAGGAAAAAAGAUUGCAUCUUUGUUGGAUGCGUCGGCUGGGGACUGGUCGGCAUAUGUGGGCCGCCGAUUGGUGGAGUUGGGACUGCAAUGCUGUGAAAGGAACAGUCGGGAUAGGCCAGAAAUGACAGAGUGCCUGGUCAAGGAGCUCAACUGCAUGCCGUUCUUGGAGGAGCAAGCCGUGCCAUCUUUCUUCCUCUGCCCAAUUCUUCAGGAAAUAAUGCAUGACCCUCAUGUUGCAGCCGAUGGCUUCACGUAUGAGGGGGAAGCCUUACGGGGAUGGCUGCAAAGUGGUCGUGAAACUUCUCCGAUGACGAAUUUGAAGCUGAAGCACUUGGAUCUAACUCCCAACUACUCCCUCAGGCUUGCUAUUCAAGAAUGGAUUGCCAAUCUCCAGAUUACUGCUACCUCUUGA